AUGUUUGAUCCAGCCGAGACAAACGCCACGGAGAUCUUCCAACUCCAGAGAGCUGAUGACGAAGAAUCCAACAGAAGGUUGGACGCUAUGAAAGCCAUGGUUCCAAUGAAGUUAUUUUACAACCGGUUCUUGGAUGGUUGGAACUCUCUUGACGCCGAAGUGCAAUCCACUGUCCCAGUCGAUGACAAAGCUGCAGUGUCAAGAGCCUAUGCCAAGCAUAUUCUUUCGCACUAUCUCCCUGAAGCUGACCUCACAGAUGCCAAAAUUGACGAGUUUUGCAAUGAUGUCCACUCAUUUCUAACUUUAUAUGAUAAAGUUAUUUUACAGCAGGUGAAGGGCGCCCAUCUAGUGCUACUGAAUGCAAAAAAGGGCUAUGCCGACAAAUUCCCUCUUGGCAUGCAAAGCGUUAUGUCAUUAGCUAAAAUUGAUGCCGAAUUUGCCAAUGAAGCCUUGGAGCUGUAUGAUACCGAUCUCUACGCAGUCAAACGACUCCAUGGGACGUUCACACGAGGAGGCCUUACAAGGGACCUUUUGGAACUGUGCAACUUCAAGUUAUCGCCUGAAGAGACUGAUACGAAGUCUUGUUUUCAAACUCGUGUCAGCGUAAAAGUGGAUUAUACUAGGGAAAAUUGGCGAAAAAUCGUCAAAGAUCAUAAGAAUAGACCCAAUAAGGCGCAGGUCAAUGUGGAUACUUUUGCUGCAACAAGUAUUUCUGAUGUUGCCGUACCUGCAAGCAAUUUGGAGUUCAUCGUUCAGCAACCAGUUGCCACUGUGGAUUCCAUCAAUACAGUCAAUCAAUAUCAUCCCCAGAUCCGGAACGAUCUUCCUUCUUAUCAUAUCGAUGGUCCGAUCGAGACUAGUGCUGAAACUUUUGCUCCAACAAGUGUUCAUGAUAUUGCCAUACCUGGAAUCGCUUUGGAUUCGAUCACAGAGGAACCGGCUGCGAACUUGGAUUUCAUCAACCCUAGCUGCGACCUUGACGCCAAAAGUGUGGACCACGUCAUCGCCUCCACCGCAACCGUCUAUCGCGGCCCUGACAAUGAAAUCGGUCAGCGCCUUUUAACAAUGGAACAAUGGCAGAAAAUCUUCAACGGGAAAAAGGAGAAGGAAGAAAGUAAGGCCGAGAAACCAACAUUCCAGCUGAUUGCGAAACCUCUAACGCAGACGCCGGUGAAUAAGGCACCAGAAGUCCAUCAAGAGAAAGUUGAUAAGAUGGCACACGGUCACAUGGCUGCUAGGAAGUCUUUGCCGAUAGAGACCACAACAACGAAAAUUGUGGAAGGGACUGAAGUGGCAGCCAAGAAUCCAUUUUCCAUGGAUAAUAAAUCUGACAAUAUGAAGUGUCCACUGGGAGUCGAUUCCAAUAUUAAGAUCAACCUGGAAGCAUCAAGCAAGAAGGAUGUUCUCGAAGAGAAGAAGAUCAAAGAACAAGCAGCAGCAGGAAAUAAGGAACCGAAGAAAAAGAAAAAGAACGAACAGUCGAAGAACACGAAGAAGAGAAGUCUGCCAGAUAAGAAGAAAAAUGAAGCACCACACGCCAUCUUUCCAGGCUGUUCCAAACAUCAACGGAAAUUGAUCGAUUUGCAAGUGUUGGAACAUUCUGCCUUCAAGUCAUACAUCAGAUUUCCCAAUAAUACUUCUUUGGGCAGACUUCUUCCCGAUUCAGUUUGCAAAGGAACUUGCCAACGGAAUGGGAGGUCGCUGCUGUCCAUAACGUCUGGUCAGCAGCUGGUCAAUAUCCACUUCUGCAAGAAGUGUUCGGACGAUGACCAGGAGGUGCUCUCGUGGUUUUGUUCGUCAUGUUACAACGACAAGAACAAGGCAGAUGAAGCUGGUGGGCGGGUUUCUAAGAGAACGCGUGUCCCCAAGAGACUAGACUAG